AUGAUAGCGGUGCAGGAUUUUGUCCGAGAAACAUGGGAAGAUUUCAAUUCUCCGACCACGUCUACAUUCGCCAGCAAGAUGGGUGUCUGUCGUCAGACCGUAGCUUCGCUCGAGGAAACGCUGGAUGUAGACCGAAGCAGUCUGACCAAGAUGAAGAAAUCUGUGAAGGCUCUGUAUAACACCGGCAACAACCAUGUGACCAGUGAUGCUAUGGUUGCAGAGAACCUGGAGAGGCUGGGCGUGAUUGCCAAAAGCCGGGACAACGAGCAUGAGAUAGGGGAGGCAUUCUUAAAGUUCUCCCAUGUGACCAAAGAUCUGUCAUCCAUGAUGAAGAAUAUGAUGGAUGGCUUGAACAACAUGGUGCUUUUCCCACUUGAUUCCUUCUUGAAAGGUGACCUAAAGGGGGCUAAAGGUGACUUGAAGAAGCCCUUUGAUAAAGCCUGGAAAGAUUAUGAGACAAAAUUUUCAAAAACAGAGAAGGAGAAGAAGAAACAAGCCCAGGAGGCAGGGAUGGUCCGAGCAGAGAUUUCUGGUGCUGAGCUUGCUGAAGAAAUGGAGAAAGAGAGAAAAAUUUUCCAGCUACAAAUGUGUGAGUACCUGAUCAAAGUUAAUGAAAUCCGCACUAAGAAGGGGUCCGACCUGCUGCAGUCUCUGGCAGAGUAUUACCAAGUUCAAGCCAACUUCUUCAGAGAUGGCCUUCGGACAAUCCAACAUUUCCACGACUUUGUAGAGGAGUUAGGAAAGCAGAUUCAGAAGAUUAGACAGAGACAAGAUGCGGAGAAAAAGCAGCUGGUGGAGCUAAGGGAGACCCUGAAAAAUUCCAUGACAUGCUACAAAGAGCCGCCACCUGUAAGCACACACCCGGCUGGAUACAGCCUCCACCAGCUGACCGGAGACAAGUCACACGGCUCUGAGAAAACCGGAAACUUGCUCAAGAAAUCCGAGGGCAGGAUGAGAAGGGUUUGGCAACGAAGGAAGUGCAGUAUACGGGAUGGCUGCAUGUAUAUUAGUCAUCAUGACGAGAGUAAAGAUCCAGUAAAGUUGAACUUGCUCACCUGUCAAGUCAAGCGAGUGCCUGAUGACUUGGGAAAGAAGUGCUUUGAUCUGGUUUCAUCACUAAACAACAGAACAUAUCAUUUCCAAGCUGAUGAUACAAAAGAAAUGGAUGC